GCUAUUUACGGAACAGGAAAUGCAUUAACGAAAUUGGCACUGAGUUAUAAAGAGCUGAAAACAGGCAGACAUGGUGUCUACACUGACCUGAGAUAUGCUCAGAUCCUCCUCCGUAACCAUGAAGAUGAAGAAAGCCUAGGUAGUGGAUCAUAUGGAGUCGUUACCAAGGGUAAAGGGCCCAAUGGAUUGGAGUAUGUUAGGAAAAGGGUAAUGAGAAAGAAUUUCCACCCAACAGAGGCCAUUUUCACCAAUGCAGCUAAUCACCCUAAUAUUGUAAAAUUGUAUGGACUGUUAUUUGACACCAGGAUUGCGGAAUUAAUAAUGGACUUUGCAGGGCAAUCGCUGCAAAGCCUGAUAACCACAAAGUCUUUAGACAAAGACAUCAUCUUAUCCCUGAUUUUGGACAUCUGUAGCGGUCUGGUUUUCCUGGAAUCUAAAAACAUGGUUCACCUCGACAUUAAGCCGAGUAACCUCUUUGUACACGUGGACGACAGAAAAGAAUACAGAUUAAAGAUAGGGGACUUUGGCUCUGCUCGAAUGCCAGAAGAGAAGAAAGAAAAGAUAGCCUGGACAACUCUGUACGGUGCCCCAGAAUUGGCUCAAUUAAAUCUAAAGCAGAUUGGCCAUCAUAAAAAGGAAGAGAAACCAAUUCAAAACUCGGUGGAGGAACUAAAACUGAGCCUGCAGCCAAAAACUGACAUGUUCUCUUUUGGUCUAGUGCUUGGUUUUAUGUAUAGUAAAGAGAAGCAUCAUCUGCUUUCUAUACUUGUUCCAAAGGAAAAAUCUUAUUCCCAUGAACUUAAAAUAAAAGAAUAUGUAAGAACCAUUUUUAAAGUUUUGAAGAUUGCGAACAAAUUCAACAUUUGCUGA